AUGUCAGACACUCCGCGCGGCGUCGAGCAUACCGACUCGAUAGACUCCCACGACUCAGCCCCGAAGCAGCCGGAGAAGACAAAGAGUCGCAGACCUCCCAGUGAGUUCCGCCAACCAGCGUUUGCCCUUGGCAAAUUCACCUCUGUUGAUGACGGUUCAUUGACGAAAUCGCAAACACUCGCACUAGACACCGCCUUCCGACAGCAGCGCUUGAAAGCAUGGCAGCCAAUUUUGACGCCCAAGACGGUCCUGCCAUUGUUCUUCACCAUAGGCAUCAUCUUUGCCCCUAUUGGCGGUCUGCUUCUUUAUGCCAGCUCGCAGGUCCGAGAGAUCAAACUCGACUACACGCGCUGUACAAACGAUGCGCCCGACUUCGGCACCUUUGCAAAUAUGCCCGGUAGUGCUGUUGAGUCCGCAUUUAAGAACGCCAACAGCAGCGUUCGUGCCCAGUGGGCGAAGAAGAAGGAUGUAAACGUCACUCUCCACAAUGGCAGACAAAUCAAGGGCAACCAGUGUGUUCUCCAGUUCACCAUUCCCGAGGACAUGGGCGCGCCUGUUCUCCUUUACUACCAACUCACCAACUUCUAUCAAAACCACCGUCGGUAUGCCGAAUCAUGCGAUCUUCAGCAACUCAAAGGCGACGCGCGCUCCUACGGCGACAUCACCGGAUCAAAAUGCACUCCAUUGUAUGGCGUCAAAGCAAAUGACACGGGCAGGCCAUACUACCCCUGCGGUCUCAUUGCCAACUCCCUGUUCAACGAUAGCUUCUCCUCGCCAGUCUGGCAAAACCCGCCCAACGACGGCACUGCCCGCACUUACAACAUGACGGACAAAGGUAUCGCCUGGGACAGCGACAAGGAUCUCUACGGCCCAACCAAGUACAAGGCCUCUGAUAUUGUGCCUCCGCCAAACUGGGCCGAGGCGUACCCCAACGGCUACACCGACGACGGCAUGUAUCGACCACCAAACUUGAAGCAAUGGGAGGCUUUCCAGGUCUGGAUGCGCACGGCUGGUCUGCCUACCUUUAGCAAGCUGGCCAUGCGGAAUGACAAGGACAAGCUGGUAUCCGGUAUCUAUCAAAUCACCGUCGAUGAUCACUUCCCAACCAUCCAAUACAGGGGCACCAAAUCCGUGCUCCUGACCACGCGAACCGUCAUGGGCGGCCGCAACAACUUCCUGGGAAUCGCAUACAUCGCCGUGGGCGGAGUCUGCAUUAUCCUCGGCGCCGUCUUCACGGCCACACACCUCAUCCGGCCAAGAAAACUCGGCGACCACACUUACCUGUCUUGGAAUAACGCCCCAGCCUCCAAGCCCGCCGGCCCCAGCACAGUCAUGGCGAGCGGUCGUGAAAUCCGGCCCGGCGAGUCCUAG